GUUGUCGGGGAAGUUUAGUUGCAAACGUGAAUUAUUAGCUCAGUUUAAGUUCCUACAACAGCUGUCACGCUCAUGCUACUGCUGAAGCAGGAUGACUGGCUUCGUGGACGAUUCCGAAAGGCAGCCGCAACCGCCAACCCAGCGAACAACAUCCAGGAAACUUGUUUCCCUCAUUAAGUAUCUUAUUCUGUUUCUAACAGCUGUGUGCCUGGUCCUUGAAGUUAUAACAAUCAUCCUUGGUGCUAGUGUCGGCAAUGUUUUCGCUGAGUUCGCAUUUUUUCUCGACAGUAACUUCCAUUCGUUGACGCGAUUUAUGGUCGUGCUCGGAAUCCUUAUGCUAUUAGUAGUUUUGUAUGGAUGCGUCGGACUAAUAUUGGAAAACAUGACCAUUAUCAAUAUUUAUGUAAUCGUUUAUUCAGUAUUGAUUGUCAUGGAGAUUAUCAUUGCCGUAACGGCUUACAAUAUGGCACGCAGUGCAGACGCCAUGUUGGAAGCACGAGUGAAGAAUGCAUUUUUACAAUUCUACCAAGAUCGUAAUGCUCAGCGGUCUGUUAAUCAUAUGCAGCAAAGGCUACAAUGUUGCGGAUUCGAAAGUUACUCGGAUUGGUACAGCUGGCCGCAUCAGGAUGAUUUCGAGAGUUUAGUUCCAGUUUCCUGCUUCCCGUCGCCACAUUACGAAACACCAUUUCAGAUCGGCUGCUUCGGACGCAUGAGUGAACUUAUCCGGCACGUCCUGCACAUAAUUGCUUCUGGGACAACAAUCAGCAUUAUAUUUCAAGUGAUUUGCGUUAUCAGUGCCAUAUUUUUCCUACUGCAACUUAGAACCUACAAAAAGGAAUGCGCAUUGCGGAAUGCCAAUAGUGCUUCCGUGCCACCGAUAUACAGUCUCGAGACGAUUCAAGAAGAGAAAACUCCAAUUUGAUGACAGAUGGUGGAAAUGUUGGUAGGGUGUAACUGUAUGAUAACACAUAAUGUAUAUUGUAUACUUAUUUAUGGAUAAAUAAAAUGUUUACACAUGAUAUGAUAGGGCAACCGAAAAA